GGCGGAGCUGCGGCCGCUGGCGGGGCCGGAGGCGGGCGGGGACCGGCUCUGCGCGGCGCCGCUGCCUCGCUGCGCUGCCUGCGCUGCCUCCGCCGCUGCCGGGGCGCGGGGCCGGGCCCGCUGCGCGGGGCUGUGCGGUUGCCACCACACCCUCGUCCCCUGCCAUGGGCCCCCCCCAGCCCGGCCUGGGGAUGCUGGCAUAGCAGCAGUGCCUGCAUCCAGAGGAGCCGUGCUGGGACCCCCUUCCCACCGGGACACCCUCCCCUCUCCGGGCACAAGCCAUGGAUGCCCACGUGGACCUGCUGACCGAGCUGCAGCUGCUGGACAAGGUGCCCACGCUGGAGAGGCUGCGGGCAGCCCAGAAACGGAGAGCCCAGCAGCUGAAGAAAUGGGCCCAGUACGAGAAGGAGAUGCAGCACAAGAAGAGGAAGCACGAGAAGAAGAGAAAUGCUGUGAGCAGAAAGAAAGUGUCUUUUGAAGCCAGCGUUGCUCUGCUGGAGGCUUCUCUGAGGAAUGACGUGGAGGAAGUGUGUUACCUGCUGAAGAGCAACAUCAGCCCCGACCUGUGCAAUGAGGAUGGAUUAACUGCGCUGCACCAGUGCUGCAUAGACAACUAUGAGGACAUAGUGAAGCUCCUCCUCAGCCACGGGGCCAAUGUCAACGCCAAGGACAACGAGCUGUGGACCCCUCUGCACGCAGCAGCCACGUGUGGCCACAUCAACCUGGUGAAGAUCCUCAUCCAGCAUGGAGCAGACCUGUUGGCAGUCAAUGCAGAUGGCAACAUGCCAUAUGACCUCUGUGAAGAUGAGCCAACCCUGGAUGUCAUUGAGACUUGCAUGGCCUACCAAGGGAUUACCCAGGAAAGGAUCAAUGAGAUGCGAGCUGCCCCGGAGCAGGUCAUGAUCUGUGACAUUCAUGACAUACUUGCAACUGGACAGGACCUGAACAGGACUGAUGCCCAAGGUGCUACGCUGCUGCAUAUAGCUGCAGCCAAUGGUUAUCUGCAUGCAGCUGAAGUGCUUCUUGACCAGGGGGCAAGCCUGGAUGUGAAGGACUGGGAUGGCUGGGAACCUCUGCACGCUGCUGCUUUCUGGGGACAGAUGCAGAUGGCUGAAUUGCUCGUGUCCCAUGGAGCCAGUUUGAGUGCCAGGACAUCUUUGGAUGAGAUGCCAAUAGAUCUGUGUGAAGAGGAGGAAUUCAAAGUGCUGCUUCUGGAGCUGAAACACAAACACGAUGUGAUCAUGAAGUCUCAGAUGAGGCAUAAAUCGUCCCUGAGCCGCAGGACGUCCAGCACGGGCAGCCGGGGGAAGGUGGUGAGGAGGGCCAGCCUCUCGGACCGGACAAACCUCUACAGGAAGGAGUGCGAGAAGGAGGCCAUGGUGUGGCAGCAGCUGGGGGCAGCAGAGGAAGGAAGAAACUCAGGUCUCGUUGGAGAAAUUGGGGAGACUCGGUCUGACCAGGAGAAUACAGACCCUAACUCAGUGCUGGAGAACUCCUCCCUGCUGCCGGAGCUGGCCAACAAGAGCACGCAGUGUGACACGGAGAUGCCUGUGCAGAACGGACUGAUGGCCUCUGCCAGCCCCUACCAGUACAGCUUUCCCAACGGGGACGUCUGGAGCGUGCACGCCGAGCCCGCCGGCAGCCCCGGGCACGCGCUGCCCUACGGCGGCCCCGGCCUGCCCGAGGCCCCGCACUUCUGGGCUGCCUACAAGGAGCACAACCACCAGACGCUGUCGGAGCUGAAGCGGCAGCGAGCCGCGGCCAAACUGCUGCAGCACCCCUUCCUCAGCACCCACUUCAGCGCCGGCGUGGCGGGGGUCGCCGAGAGCGUGGGCGAGGCCAAGGCGCACUUAAUGGAGUCCAGGACUUCCCCCUACAGCUCCAAUGGGACCUCGGUGUAUUACACAGUGUCCAGUGGUGACCCUCCCCUCUUGAAAUUCAAAGCUCCCAUGGAGGAGAUGGAAGAGAAGGUGCACGGGUGCUGCAGGAUUUCCUAGCCUGGGCUGUGUCUCAUCCCAGAGGCAGUGAGGCGUGGGUGGGCUGGUUGGAUCUAUCUCAGUGGGCAGGUUGUUUGCAUUCCAAAGGGAGGAUUUGGUUCUGGACAUCCUGACUGUGGCAGCCUUGUUCAUCUCGAAUUGUACUUUACCCUGCCAAUUACUUCCAUUGCAGCUGGAUGAGGAAUGCAGGUGGAGCAAGGCUCUUAGGAGAGGAAGGGAUGCACAUCAAUACGGUGUCAAGAGUCUCCUUAGUCUUGCUCCCUGGGGAAGAAGGUAUGGUGUGCUGCCUCCCCAUCCUUGGGAAGCCAUGAGAUGCCUUGGAACAAAGAAAGGAUCUGAAUUCAAACCUUUGUGUCUGAGCUUCUUGCUGUAUGUCACCGAGCAGCUGGAAGGUGACAGUUCAGACCUGUUUUCACUCCUGGGUGAUGCACAUAUCCUGGAGGGGAGGUCAGCCCUCAUGUGAGGUUUGCAAGAGUGGACAGAGCUGUUUUCCACACAGCUGGAUCCAGCACUUCCUGGGCCAGAGCAACAAGCAAGCACAGAUGCUGCACUUAGGAAGUUUGCAAGGUGUUACCUCCUUGCAGUGACAGCUCACCAUCACAAACUGUGCACUGGCUGGGUCUUGUUCUGCUCGUGUCAGCUCGUCACUGCAGACUGCCAUCAGGUUUGAAGCAGAACUUUUCCUGGGACAGGCUUCACUCAAUAGGCUUUAAAACUGAUGUUGCAAUAAAGGGGCCCUGGCAAUAGAAUUUUACUGCAAUAAAAUACUGACAAAGGUCUAUAUUGGGAUAAGUAAUUUAAAAGAACUUAUUUGUACUAUUUAGACUCUUAAUUUGUUAAAACUGAAAAGACUUUUGUUGAUCUCACUUUCCUAUUGAUUCUGUUUGUUUACUCUGUACACUCAACACAGAUACUAGGGGCAAUAUGCUUUGAGUUCUGAUUUUUUCUGUAUUUCCAGAACCACAGGGCUCAGGAAGGAUGGGAAGAAAAGGCUUGCCAAUAACCUGGGAACACCAUGAAAGCAUUUCUAAUCCCUUAGAUGUGACGACACUUGCAUUAGCCUGCAGUCUUUGGCUGAGGAAUAACUUUAACCAUUGCUGUGGUAGCUGAACCAGUUGUCCUGCUGCAGCAGGACAGGAGAUGUUUCCUUUUGUUUUCCAGCUCCCUUGCUGAAGCUGUCAGCAGUGGGCAGCAGGUGGCAGAGGAAGGUUUAGGUGCCCCAGUGUCUGUGGGGGUUGCCUGACACCAUCAGUACCUAACAAAGCCUCUCUGCUGUGGAGCAGCUGCAGUGCCAGCACUGUGCUGUUCAGGUGAGCUCUGACAGCCCACCUGGCAGACACUGGCACGGGGUAAGCUGGGGCUUUGGCACUGGCUUUGCAGCAACUUCAGGCUUUGUGUCCCUGGGGGAGGUGAGAGUGUGGGACAGCUCUGAGGAACUGGCCACACUUCUGUUGUAUCUAAGAAGCAACUGUAAAUCUUUAACUCCUCUGUCACACACGUAACUGUUUGCCUGCAUGAAUUUGUGUCUUCUUGGGCAGCUUAAAUUCCAAACUCUGAAGACAUAAACCUGUUUGGGUCUCUGUAAGCCAUCAAUGGGUUAAAUCCAGCUCAUGUAGUUGUGCUUCAGCCAAGCAACAGCAAAUGCAGCUUCCAUCCAUCUUCCUUUUAUCUGGAGCCUGUUGGACAUCAAUAUUCCCCUUCACAUGUGCUCUCCCUCUGUGGGGAUCCUCACAGCCUUAACUUUUUUCUAGGCUAUAACAAGUUCUGAGGCUGCCAGUGACUGUUAAAUGCUACCCUGUGCCCCCCGUGGAAUCCACCCAUUGCUGGGGCUGGAUGCAUUCCCCUGCAGGGCUCUGGGCUCCUCGAGGCACCAGAGGUGGCUGUGUCACCACCCCUGCCACACUGUGCUGGACCUGUGAGGUACCAGGCUGACAAUUUAAUGGUUUGAAUUACCCGAAGAUAGAAUUCUCUUUUCUCACCAGUUUUAGGUGCAAACUAGAAAGGGGUAGCAGUUGAUGUGGUUCACUUAAAACUGUGGUUCUGCUAAAGGCAGAGUUUGAAGCAUUCAGAGAAGUUGGGCUCCCUCCGUUGUUGAAACAUGCUAAUUAUAGCACUAGAAAAUACUCCUUGUGCUUGACCUUAAGGGAUUUUUAAAGUCAUUCUCUAGCAGUAAGAGGAUGAUUUGGUAACUGGAAAGACUUUACUGCAUCUGUGUGUGGUUAACAGUGGAUUUUCUGAUUACCUUGAGUACAUUAUUCUGGGAUAACACCAAGUGUGGCCUGGCUAUUACAGAACAGGGGAGAUGAACCUUCAGGUGCCUCUCUUUUCCUGUGGUGGUGAGGUUUGUCUCUCCACGUCCACCCUGAUGAGAUUUCUGAACUCACUCUAACAAAUUUUGGUGCCGCUAUCUGCUAGGUUUUAUAUGGUGCAAAAUUUGGGCCCAGAUGUUGCCUUCCCUCCCAGCACAGGAGGAGUAGGGCCCUUUUCCUUCUCAGAACAACUUUGUGCUAGCAAGUGUAUCGAACCCUGCCUAAUUCCAAGGAAAUGAAAAGAUCACUGAGUGCAAUAUUGUAAAGUAGUUUGAGGCCUGCUUUCACUGAGAGCUGUUAAUAUAUUAAAACUGCAGGAAACCAGUCCAUUUUAGACAAACAGCUUUUUGGCUUCCAUUGGUAUUUCACAUAAGUGAAACUCUGGGAACUCAUCAUCCUAGCUGUGAAGUCUAGUGGUGUCUGAUCGAUGUAAUCCAUUCUUAAUCAGACAGGAGAGUUAUUAAUGGGAAGAGGAGAAAUGGAUAAAUCUUGCAGGAUGUUUCACAGCCCUACCAUGCAUUUACCUACCACAGGCUUUGGGCUGAAGUUGCACCAGGGCUGGAAGGCUGUUGAAGAAUGGCCUGGAAUGGAUUCCUGCUGCUGUGUGGUGACAUUUGGGAUAUAAUGGUCACUGCCUGUGGAGCACUGGCAGAGCUGUUGGUUGUAGGUCUGGGAUGAGGGAUUCUGUAAGGUGGAUAAUAAACCUGCCUCUGGUGAGCUAUUUUGUGGCUUUUGGAGGAAUAAAAAACAUAUAUAUUCUCUUACAUGGACAUCGUAGCAGCCUGCCUCUAGGAAUAACACCUUUCACUGUAAAAUUUAGCAGUGUUACAACAGAGGGGUUUUGAUAUCUGUGUGUUUUAAAGGCUAUCCAGAGAAAAGCUCUGAGGUACAGAGCAGAGGGCACUUAGCUGUUUCAUGGGAUCUUAAUAUGGCUAAAAAGCUGUAGAACCUAGAAAUCAUGUUGUGAAGGGCAUAUCUUAGUUUAUUAGAGGAGCAUUUAAGGUUUUUAUGAUAUACUGAGUGGUUUAGAGAUCAAUAAAUAUCUAAUUACAGAUUCAAGGCCAGAUUAGAGUCCCAAUUCAGUUACCAGUGAGCCAAGUGAGGUUGUAGUUGUUCAUAGAGACUGUGCAAAGAUCUGAGAAUGUGAAUGUACUGACAGGUCUAUUGCAGGCAGAGCUGCACAAGAAUAACCCUUCCUCUCUUCACAGCAUUUUCCUGUGUGCUGAAUUUGUACUGUUUCUAGCAAACUAAGUGGUUGAUGAGAACAACUUUACAUUCCACGUUGAAAGAAAUUUGUUAGAUGGAGAAAAAGGUGUCUUUCAAAACAAUGUCUGUACUUUAGUGAGCUCAGCUGAGGAAGCCCCAGCACUGAAAUGUUAGAUAAGGGCUUAAGUCCCAUUGCUGGGAUCUGUUUGAAAUCAGACCUGGAUCUGUGCUUCACAUAGCACAUGAUGUCAUUUCAGCCCACCUAAUUUCACUUCUUUGGUGCUCCUGAAUCUUAAAACCCUCCCAAUUUUGGGAAGAACUGACUCCAGCUGAUGUGAUUCUGUGCCAUCUUGGA